AUGACGUCACGACAAAGGUAUCCGACCCGCAAAAGUUUUCAACAUAAUACCUCUACGAAUAAGCACGGGAGGAGAUAUAUCAUAUAUCAUAUAUAUAUAUAUAUAUAUAUAUAUGUAUAUAUGCCUGGGAAUAAGCGUCAAUCUUCACGCUCCUUUGUAGUACUUGUACGCGCCUCGCUGAGUAUAGAACGUGCGCGGGUUGUGCCCUCAAGAACUACCACUGGCGCUGGUGCACUUGUACGUUGGCCCAGUUGUGGCACCAUUCACUUGCACCCAGUGGUUUUCUUUAGUGUUUUUCUUUAUUGUUUUUCAAUGACGAAUCUAGUUCCUAAAGCACAUCCCUUCCCCUUUCUUUUUGCAAGUGGUCUCCUUUAUCCCCAGCAGCGUCUGAUUUUUAUGGUGUAUAUACCCGCUGUUAGUAUCCUGGGCAUUUGGUGUUCUCAGCCUCUUGCCGCUUUUGCCUGUAUCCCGUAA